CCCGACAGCGUCCGUGUGGUUUUAAAACCCCAGCAGCAGCCUCCAACUUUCCCUCGCACACAUGAGCCGCGCUCGCUGGAGGAGCCGCCUGCCGCUGAGACUCCCCUCGACCUUUACCCUCCCUCCCCUCUAUCCCCACCACGACACUUCCCCCUCCCACCUCAAGCCCUUCCCCUUCCGCUCCCUCUUCUGUCCCUGUCCCUGCCCCUCCUUCUCCGAUCCCGACUCCUCCCCCUCCGACGACCCCGGCCCCGACUUCUCCUCCCCGCGCCGAAUUUCCUACCGCCCCCGCCCAUCCCCCGCCAAACCCUACUCCUUCUCCCGACAAUGGCUCUCCGAGGGCGAUUUAAUGCGAAAGAUCGCCUCCAUCCUCGCGAACAAGGGCUGGGACUUGGGCUUCCCCAACUCGCUGAUCAUCGAAUUGGACGAACACAGCGUGAUCCGCAUCCUCAAUUCGGUGUUCGAUGCGACCUCGGAUGCGGCGCUCGCCUUCUUCUUCUUCCGGUGGGCGCGGAGGCACAACGGAGUGGAUCACGGACUCCGUUCCGUUUGUACUCUGGUGCAUAUCUCGGUUUUGGGUAAUAUGAAUCAUAUAGCCAUGAGUUUUCUUCGUGAUAUCGCUAGAAAGGGUGAUAACGGAGAAGAGUGGCCUUAUUUGGUUUUUGACGUGCUAAGAGAAACCAGCAGGAAUAGAAAAGUUUUGCAAAUUGUAUAUAGCAUGCUUGUUAGUUGUUGUAUAUUUGAGGGUUCGAUUAGCGUGGCUAUGAACUUGAUUAGUCGUAUGAGGAAGCUUAACUUCUUUCCCAGUAGUAGGGUCUACGGUUCUCUUAUAAGGGUUCUUUUGGAAACUAAGCAGCUGGAUUUGGCAUGGCAACUGCUCGAGGAUACGCCAAAUAGUGAACUCGGUGCAUAUGAGUCAAUUAUAGGCUUAUUUAUUCGGGAGCUGUGCGCUACCAAUAACUUGGAAAGUGCCUACAGGCUUAUAACCGGAAUAAAAUGUUUGGACAGCGAAGCUAAGGUUUUUGUAUAUACUAUGCUAAUUAGUGCAUUAUGUAAGCAGGGUCUUCUAAGAGAGGCAACUUCUCUUUUGUAUAAAACGAUACAGAUUGGCAUCAUGCCUGAUACCGUAUCGAUCUCUUCAUUAGCUGAUUUUUAUUGUAAGGCUGGGAGAUUGACAGAGGCUGUUGGGCUUAUAAACUCUUUGAGCUGUGUUCCUGAUGUUUAUGUGUAUAAUAGCUUUAUAUUGACGUUAUGUAAAAGAGGCGAUAUGGUAGAGGCAAAUAAUCUGUUAAAUGAGAUGCCUGCCAUUGGUGUACAUCCUGAUUCUCUUAAUUACACUACCGUAAUUGAUGGUUAUUGUAAAGAGCAUCAGAUAGAUCAAGCUCUAAGGAUUUUUGGGGUGAUGCUGAAGAGAGGGGUGCAGCCGACAAAGUUAACAUACACAGUCUUAAUUUAUGGUUUUUGCAGGGUAGAUGAUCUACAAGGGGCAAUACAUGUCUUUUACGCCAUGCAAAAAGAGGGUAAACACCCGGAUGUUGUAGUAUAUAACAUGUUAAUUGAUUGGUAUAGCAGAAAAGGUAAUAUGCGUAAGGCAUACAAGCUGAAGGAUAUGAUGGAGAAGAAUGGUGUGUUUCCUGAUAUUGCAACGCAUAAUAUUCUUAUGCAUGGUCUGAUCAAGAGAGGGUUUGUAACAGAAUCUAGAGAAAUCUUCGAUGAACUCAUUCAGAGAGGGUUUUCUCCUGACAAAAUUGCAUUUACUAAUGUGAUCGAUAGUUACUCUAAAGAGGGAAACUUAGAGGAAGCAUUUUUUAUUUGGUCCAGUAUGGGUAAAAAUGGAAUACAACCGGAUCUUGUUUCUUGCACUGCACUCCUAAAUGGUUUCUGCAAGAGCCACCGUAUGCAGGAUGCAAGUGCUCUGUUUUGUAAGAUGUUGGAUGCUGGGUUGAAGCCUGACUUGAUACUGUACAACACUCUCUUUUAUGGAUUUUGUAAUGAAGGAGAUGUGAAUGAAGCUUAUAAAUUGCUAAUAAUGAUGAGGAAAGAUGGUAUUGUUCCAAACAGUGUAACGUUUCGGGCUCUUGUCCGUGGUCUUGAGAAAGCUGGUGUACAGAAUGCUGUAAACAGCGCUGCUUUGUUAUUGCAAGAAAAUUUUCCUUUGGAAAAUGGAGUUGUUUUCAGCAAAUCUCAGUACGGUUGAUACGGUGAGGUUGAUCAAAAGAACUAGUAGGAAAAUUUGCCAUCUUUUUUCUAUCUGAAAGGUGAUUUCCAACUAUGCCUGAUGAAGUUCUACAGAAUGUGAUUCCUAGAGUUGUAUGACUGUAACAACUUAUAUACACAGAGCAGACGUGCAUUGAAGUGACUGAGAAUGCUCUUCUAUGCUAUGAUGGUUUGUCUCUGCCAGGCUCAAAGGCUGCUGGCUGUACCUUUAAGGAAAUUUGGAGUGUAAUCUUUGAAUCAGAAGUUGCUAUCACAAGUUCACUAAUUUUAGGUGCGGUGGAAGGUAAUUAGUGAGUCACUAGAAAACCCUCCCUCUCCCUAUGGAGGUGGCCUCCAAGAUCUCCUCCUAUUGCCGCUUCAAGUUAUGGAUCUCUGACUAACUUAUCUUGAUCCGCAUCUUGAUUUAUCUUGAUCUUGAUCUUGAUCCAGCUAAUUGCGUGAGAAUUUAUUUUUCCCGUCAGAGUCCGCAGUGUCAUGGAUCUUCUAAGCCUUACAUUCAUGCUUUGUGGUGCCCCAUUCUGGAAUAACUGAGGGCUGCGAAAUAGUACCUCAGCCAUGUCCUUGCACUUUUACUUUUCAAUUCCGAGUGGAAAACAUGGAUAAAGAGAGAAAUGGUAACGGCAAUUGGCUGGUUUCCCCUUUGAUUCAUAUAAUGUAUUUGUUGUAAGGUAAUUUUAUUUUGUAUUUUGAAUUUAUUUACUCUAGCUGAAUCUGUUAGGUUGCUAUAGAAAUACUUGGUUCUCUUGAGAUGGAUACUUAACUGUGCUUUUUAUUUGUUGAUCGGUGUUGGUUCAUAAUAGUUCUACAAAAGGUGUUUUAUAGUAUUUGUAGAAGUAUUGUUGGAUUAAUGGGGUCAUUCAUGAUAAAUCAAGUAAAUUUUAUGUUCUCAA